AUGAUGGAGAUGAAAUUUCCGGACGUCUGCCCGAGGAGCGAUGGACCCCAAUACAAAAUCAUUCCUGAAAUCAUCAAUUUUAUUGUUUGUAGGCAUCUCAACGAUGCCGAACGGAUUUCCGCCAAUGGAGAACUCUAUGACGCUUUCGUUUUCGAAAGCGACCCGACGAGUCAUGGCAUUGCCGCCGAGCCUCAACGACACCAGGUCUCCGCUCCAGAAAACGACUAUCGUGUAGUUCUUUCCGAGCGUCAGACGCUCAUGCGAAUACAGUCAUCCCGGUCCGAUACGCUUUCACAUAAGUCGUUACGCGGUGAAUCGUGUCAUUCGGAUAGCACAAAGGAAUAUGGUCGACGUCUAAACUGUUCAUGGUUGCCUUGCUGUAUGGACGAAGAGGAAGCAGAGGCUUUCGGUCAUCACGUUUCGAUCUUCAUGGUGGCUUUGGUCGCCUUCGCUACGUUCUUCUGCGUCACUCUUAUAUUGGUUUUGGUUUUCUUACUGGGUUAA